UCCUUAACCUGCAAGCUGUCUGUUCCCUUUUUUAAAUGCUUCACUUAUUUCUCUACAACAUAUUUAAAAAAAAUAUACAAUAAAACCAUAUCGACAAGCCAUUCCCCUACAGCAGUACACAGCGGAAAAAAAAAAACUUCUGGAAUUUACAAGAUUUCUAAGGUGGAAUUUUUGAAAGUGCUCAAGUGGAUUUAAAAAGCUCUGAAAUAUGAUCGCUUUAGUACUCCUAUGGAUAUGCACGCUAAUUGUGAACUCAUUCACUCAUCCUGCUGUAAUAUCCCCACAAGACCCAACCCUAAUGAUAGGAUCAUCAUUAACUGCAGCUUGCUCAGUGGACUCUGACCAAAGCCUGAAAGUAGACGACCUAUUCUGGACCCUUAAUGGGAAGAGGUUACCAUCAGAGCUAUAUGCGAUAAUCAACGGCACAGCUAUGAGCGUGGCCUUGAAUAACCUGAAUGGAUCCAAGCAGCAAUCAGGAGAUAACCUGGUGUGUCACGGCAAAGACGGGAGAAUCCUGGCGGGCUCAUGUCUUUAUGUUGGAUUGCCACCAGAAAAGCCCAUCAAUAUUACAUGCUGGUCCAAAAAUAUGAAAGAUCUAACAUGCAAAUGGGUACCUGGAAGUGAAGGAGAAACCUACCUGCAUACUAACUAUACUCUGAAAUACAAAUUAAGGUGGUAUGGCAAAGAUAACACCUGUCUAGAAUAUCACACCAUGGGGCCAUACUCCUGCCAUAUCCCCAAAGAUUUGGCACUUUUCACACCCUAUGAGAUUUGGGUAGAAGCCUCAAACAGGCUGGGAUCCACCACCUCUGACAUAAUAACCCUGGACGUUCUAGAUGUGGUCACCACAGAUCCACCAUCAGAUGUCCAUGUGAGUAGGGUUGGAGAUUUAGAGGACCAGUUGAGUGUCCGAUGGAGCUCUCCUCCAGCUUUAAAAGACUUUUUGUUCCAAGCAAAGUACCAGAUUCGAUAUAGAGUAGAAGACAGUACUGAGUGGAAGGUGGUUGAUGAUGUGGGUAACCAAACCUCCUGCCGUCUUGCUGGUCUAAAGCCAGGAACUGUUUAUUUUGUUCAAAUUCGAUGUAACCCAUUUGGAAUCUAUGGGUCUAAAAAAGCUGGUAUCUGGAGUGACUGGAGCAAUCCCACUGCUGCCUCAACCCCAAGAAGUGUUUUUCUUGUGUCUUAUACAGAGAGGAUCACUGGGGUAUGCGAUCCUAAGAGUGGGGAGCAAAAUUCAACAUUGCGACGGGAACUGAAGCAGUUCUUUGGAUGGGUCAAGAAACACGCGUAUGGCUGCUCCAACCUCAGCAUCAAGCUUUAUGACCAGUGGAGAGUGUGGCUGCAGAAAUCACACAAAACACGGAACCAGGUAGCCGGGCAGGAGAAAGCAAAGGAGGCGAAUCUGAGGACUUUACUCAUGGUGGCAGCCAAACUCGAGCAUCGCCCUGAAGAAGAGUUGUAACUUUGUCUUUGGGAUCCAGAUGGAGAGCUUUGCAAAUCCAAAGCAAGACAGUUCAGCGGCGAUGAAGUCACAUUUUAUUUUCCAGUGUACAUCACGACCCAUUCAAGAAACCAUGGUUUGAAGGUGACCAAAUAGUCUUGUAGAAGACUUGAGAGGACAAACUUUUUUAAUGCUAUGACAAUGAAAUCUUUUUGAAAUCUAUUGUUAUUUAAUGUUGUAAAUUGUGUCCAUUUUGUAAUGCUUGCAAAAUUUUACUUUUUAUGUUUUUUUUUUUGUUUUUUUACUUCUCCAAGUGAUUCUUGUUAAUGGUGAACUAAUUAUGUUGUUUUUUAUUUUAUAAGUUCAAAAUAGUAGCAAUUAUUAAAGUUUUAUUUUUCAUAAAAUGGGUGAUAUUCUAAGAUUAGGAUAUGUGUGCUGCAGUAAAGAGCUUUCCAAUUGUAGAAUUAUUGUGUACUUAACUGUAACCUCCUGAAGAACUUUUGUAUGGCCUCCAACAUACUUUUUGAUAUCAAACACUUUAUCAUGCUGCAUACAUAAUUUUAGGGACUACAAACAGCCAGUAUACUGAUUGUAAACUACAGGACACCUCAUAUUAAAAAAAAAAUUCAAAAUAUCUCUACACUUCAAGCUUCAAAAACAGAUAAUAGUUCAUACAUUUAAAAUACCCGGAGACUUAAAAGAAACUAAGUGUUAGUGCAUUUAGUGGUUUUCUAGUGUAAAUGUAUACUUGUUAAAACCUUAAUUUACAGUGGUUAUUGAGACCAGGAGUUACGCCACAUUAAUCUAGAACUGAGUUUCAAGUAUCCUUUUGUGGAGGUUUUCUAAAUGUCAAAGUGUAUUGCCAUGGACUUCAUUUCUUUCAUGCCACAGGGAGAAGAUCAACACUGAAAAUGGGAACCUACAUUUCACGAGACAGUGAAGAAACAUACUCUCCAAUCAAUUUAUAUGCAUGUACUUAUAUGCAUAGCAUCUUUGUAUUGUGAAACGAGUCAAAGAAUGAAAAAAGCUCAUGUCUGGAGAUAUCCAAGUCCAGAACUGUUGGGUGUACUUGUCUGUCAAUUAUGAGAUUCUCCACUCUAGACCAUAACUGGGCUUUACAUACUUUUUAAUUAAAUUGAUUGUUGGUAGCUAUUUCUGUCUGUAGUUUAUUGAACACGAUAUACAGUAACCCUCAAAAUAAUUAUACAGACCAUAAACAUGAAACUAUUCCAGCAACUCUACACAAGCAAGUUGGUAAGUAGAUAAAUGAAGAAUGUAUUUUUCUAUUUUGAAAGUCGUGGCAGGGAGCAUGCCUUUGAUGUAAUCACCUUGAGCAGAAAAUGCAGCUUGCAUUAAACUAUCAUAAUGAUUCCUCUUUAUUUGUUGACUUUCAGAAUGUAAUUCCUAUGGCUAUAUCACAUUCCAGAUUUGCCGUAUUAAACAACAUUAAAACUUCAGAUU